AUGUCUCUCAGGGUGGCGUUCCCUUUCCCCGCCAUGUCCCUCACGACCCCCACCCCAGCGACGACUUCGCAUCCUCUUUUACGCUCCUCACGCCAACGCCCGCUUCUGCCGGCCAGACAGCCGGGACCCGUGCCAUCCAACGACUCUCCUUCGACAAACGACGUCCCUGCCGCCAUUAACCUUCCCGUCCGCGAACGCACCACCUCUAUCGAAACUAUCCGCCUCAGUGCACCCGUGCGGCCCAAGCUAUCCCUCACCUCUCUUCUCAAGCCAAAGCCCUCCCUCUCUGCGGCAGUCGAGCCCGUUGCUGAGACCAAGAUACCGAAACGCAUUGGCACUUCGCGAAAGCGCACCCGGUCCACGAGCGAGCCGGAGCCAGAUGAAUCGUCCAAAGGAACUGCCAGUGGCACACGAGCACGUAUCCGCCAGCGUACCGACAGUUUCUCCAUCCGCGCUCGCAAAGAUUCGGAAAGGCUUGCUUUGAAGAUUGUCACAAACGAGCCCAACGAUUUCGGGGAUACUAUCACACCUCAUACCUUCAAGUCCAACGGUGGCGCUAACACUUUGAACAACGGCAAUUUUGGCCAAGUUUCCAAGUCACGACGCGCCACUGUUAGCGAUGAUAAAGAACUACUCUCUUUCCCUUCUGUUCCCCGCCCCACUUCGCCAGCAAUCUCCCUUGACCCUGGUGCGCGUCGGCACCUACGUGUGGUUCCUGGGGCCCGCAUGAACAAAUACGGCUGCUACGAGCCCGCCAUUGAUGACUUUGCGCUCGCUAUCACCACGCCGUCGGGCAGUCCCGAAUUCGAAGUAUGGGACCAGGAAGAAGAAUAUUUUUUCGUGGGGCCUCUCUCGCUCCAUCUAACCCUAAAAGACCCGGCCAAAUGGGCCGGCCUGCCGCUCUCUCACCCGAACGUGUCCGUUUCAGAGCUGGUGUGCAUGAGUAAGCCUGUUCUAAGCGCCACCCAUCCAUACAAUCAUGUCAGCGUUCAUGCCGCUCACCCGCCUGGGUUCAGCACGCGCUACGACGGCAUCAAAGCCGAUCAGCCACACUCCAAUCCGAAGCAUGGUGUGUCGAUUGACCCUGUCUGGCUGCGCACCUACCCCGAGCCAGACGGCACCGGCGCGCGCGGCUGGGCGAUGCACUUCCAAGUGCCAAUUGCUACUCGGCUGUUUGAGAAGUGCGACACGCGUGCAUUUACGCUGGAUGCAAGUAUUCUGGUGGGGGGCAAGCCGAUAGUGGUCGGUGGGGCGGCAAUGUGUGUGUCGCAUUUGAGGAGGGAGAGGGAGAUGACCCCGGGCUCGCGAGCUGUGACGACCGCGUAA